UAACACACCCCACGGAUCACAUACGGUUCGUCCAAGGCUUGAGUAAAGACAGAGUCAGAGAGAUAGAGAGAAAAGAGAAGUGGUUGGAGAAGGUUUCUCUCGUCAAACCAUGGCAACCACCAGCUUGGCCUCAGCAGCUUCAAGCUUCGUGCUCACCUCCAACCUUCCCACCGCCGCCGCCGCAGCUGCCACCACCAGCCAAUCCUCGCGUGUCAGCUUCUUUACCUUUAGUAAGCCCAGUAGAAAGCUGGUGGUUCGAGCUGAGGAGGCGUCGGCGCCGCCGCCUGCUCCGGCCGCAAAAGGGGGGGCCACCGAAGCUCCCAAAAAGCCACCUCCGCCGCCGCCGAUUGGCCCGAAGAGAGGUGCCAAGGUGAAGAUCCUCCGAAAAGAAUCCUACUGGUACAAUGGCAUCGGAUCAGUUGUGACUGUGGACCAGGAUCCCAAGACUCGCUAUCCUGUUGUGGUUCGAUUCAACAAGGUUAAUUAUGCUGGCGUCUCCACAAACAAUUAUGCUUUGGACGAAAUCCAGGAAGUCUGAUCAGUGGCUACUCCUUGUAUUUUGCAAUGACUAGCAAAUAUAUGUGCAAACUAUUGCAGUUCAGAUAGAAAAUGGUUCCUCAUCUGCUAGGAUUCAUAUAUUUAGAUUACAUCAGGUAAAAGGUCCCAAUAAUCUAAUUCCCCGUUCCCUUUUUUAUUUAAUAAGCACAGCUCUGCAAUUUGUUUGCUUU